AUGCUGCCCGCGUGGACGCGGCCGCCGCCUUCUCUGCUCCUGGUUUCGGCUGCGGGCGGGCAGAGCCCUGGAAACAACGAAAACGGCGAGCAGCGUUGCUUUCCGGAUGUCGGAGUCCCGGAAGCCUCUGGGUGCGAGCCGGUCCUCCGCGUCCCCAGACGCCCCAGAGCCGAGCUCACCGCCGGGCCGCCGGUACCGAAACAGACUCCCGCAGUCGGCUUGCCGGCAAUCCACGCCUCGGUUUGCAAAGCUCUCUCCUCCGGACCUUGGUCCCUGCCCUCCCCCUACCCCGACCCCGUUAGUUUGGAAACCAAAUUUCUCCUUUGGUCCCGCUGCAGACGUGACCCCGGAGGAGGAGCUGCGGGGAGAUGCUUCUCCGAGCCUCAGUUUCCCCACCUGUGCAACGGGGCCAUAUGUUCCUGCGCCCCUCCCAGGGUUGAUGUGGGAUUGGCGGGGAGAGAGGACCUGGAAAACGCCCGACGGGGCCCAGUUCUGCCCACCCUUUGGGGCCAGGUUUGCGCCGGUCCCUUUUACCUGCUGCUAAACCAGUCAUUGCAGGAAGCUGUCCUGAACAAGCAAGAAAACAGAAGAGCCCAGGACCGCCCCAGGCAGGGGAAAAAAUUACCCCUCGUGCUGCCUGACCCGAAGCUGAUGGAAUCGGUAGAGGAUUCCUGUCCCCUGGGGCAGGGCCGCCUGCUUCUGCCUCAGGCACCCAAAGCCCACAACCCUGGGGCUGCAGGGAGGGAGCUGGCACUUGCGGUUCUUGGCUGUGCUGCCCCUGACAGGACUUAUCCACCUCCGAGGCAGUGGAGCUCCCUCCUCCUCCGCCCUCGCACAUCCGCAGGAGGUUCCCUAGUGAAGGAAGGACCAGUGGUGGCCAGAGUGGCAGGUCAGGGGACCUCACUGAGGACUGAGGGGCUAGGGUAGCAGCCCCUCACUCACGGGAGUCCCCCCACCCUCGCAGUGGUAUCAGUGAAGUUAUUAUGAGUGUCCUGCUGGGUAGGGGGCAGCAGAGGGACUGCCUGAGCACUGCCCCUGCCACUCACACAGGAUGCCCCCUGCUUCCCUUCCACGACAAGCAGGCAGCUGUUGGG